AUGUCUUUUGAACCCGUCAUGCCUCCUUUCAAUUCGAGCGAUCCAUCCGCCAACUUCCUCAGCUCCUCCUGUUUAGAUUUCCUCCUUAUUGAGCUUGUGCCGCUGGCUUAUCGCGUCACUCACGACCGAGAUUCUAUCGCCUCAGAACAGAAUAGCGCACCUGCAGAUACUGCUUCUACCAGUCAUGCGGUCAGCUCCAACGCCGCCGGAAUAAUGGCCGGUGCUGCAACAAGAAAGGAUGAAGAGGAGGAUAUGGAUGCGGUACACUACCGUCUGGAGAUGCUGGGUUACAGAGUUGGACAGGGCCUUGUAGAAAGGUUUUCGAGAGAUCGACCACGAUUCAACGAUACACUAGACGUCAUCAAGUUCCUCUGCAAAGAUUUGUGGACGCUGGUGUUUGGCAAGAAUAUUGAUAACCUCAAGACAAACCACAGAGGAGUAUACGUCUUAACUGACAACGUCUUCCGACCCUUCUCCCGCAUGAGUACAGAAGCCGGUGGUCACGCAAUCGUCCGCGCUCAACCGUUUCUAUGGUUCCCAUGUGGUAUCGUAAGGGGCGCGUUGGCUGCUCUUGGAAUCAACACAAGUGUACAAGCCGAGAUCAACGAAUUGCCGGGAGCCGUGUUUCAAAUUAAAACCAUACCAAACAAGCCCUAG